AAGACAACGUUUUGUAACGAAAGAAGCUAAAAAAAACCGUACUCUUCGCUGUCAAAGCUCUCCAGAGAAACCUCCAUAAACCCUAAAAACCUCGAUCUUUCGCCGAAAAUGCAGUUUCUUGCAAGAUCUCUAUCGAAAUCAAUAAGACCUUUUUCGAAUUCAAGGGCUAGACAAUCAUGGGUUCUCUCUCAGAAAUGUCAUUCGAGCUUUUCCGCGACGAAAAGCCGCAGCUUUACUCGCGGAGGAAGCAGCAGUGAGGAAUCGGAGUCAAUAAAAUCGCCGGAGUGGCCGAGGCCGACGGAGAUACCGUACCAACCCAAAAUCGCGAACUCUGCUGAUUUGAUUGGGUACGUGAACCAACCCAUUCAAUUCCACGCUAAGCCCGACGGAAGUUUCUGGGCAGGCACCGUCAUUACGCAUGGACCUCCUUCUGCUUCCGAAUCGGAGUCGGACUUGGAUUCAACUCAUAAAUUCUGGAUUCCGGUAAUAUUUGAAGGGGAUUUAGCUCAUACUGCUAACUGUCAUUUGAAGAAGAACGAUCGGGUUUAUAUAACCGGACAGAUUUUUGUAGAUGUCAGCGAAGUAUCUGGAGCAAAGCCUGAUCAAGCAUAUGUUCAUGUAAUGGCUCGUGAUCUCCGCUACAUUCAGGGUUCUAAACCCCUACCAAAAGUUUUGCCAGCAUCAGAUCAAAAGGAAGAUGUGCUAAAGCAUUCUGCAAGCCUUAAAAAAAGAAGAGAUUUUGAUUGUUGGUAUGAUCUUAUUGAAAAACCGGAAGAAUGGUGUGAUUACCGCGAAAGAAAACAGAGUGGAUCGGUAAAUCCUAGACACCCUGAUUUCAAGAAGAAAGACGGCAGUGUAGCGCUUUGGCUUAACAACGCUCCCAGUGAUAUAUUGCCUAAUCUUAAAGACGUGAAUUUCGAUGUUCCCGUUAGAUCAAAAUACGCAAAACAACCAAAGGCCGGAGAGGAAUCGUGGAAGGACUUGGUGGAAAACAUGAAUAAGUGGUGGGACAAUAGAGAGGGCAAGAGACAUCCAAAAUCUCCGGAUUUUAAGCACAAAGAAACCGGUGUAGUUCUCUGGCUAAGUAAUUCUCCAAGCUGGGUGAUAGAGAGACUACCUCCUCCAAAGAGCAAAACAAGUGACAGCCACUGAGAAGAACAGAACAAGAGAUGUUUUUACUCUAAUUUUUUUGGGACAUAUGUAAAAAAUAUCUAAAUUUAUGUUAGAUCCAUUUUGAAAAUAUCCGGUUAGGGUUGGUGUAAUUUGGUGGUUUUUUUAUCCUUGUUUUUUGGUCUCUCUGGUUUUAAAACUUUUGAUCCCGUGAUUAAAAGCUAAAAGCUUAUGAGUUGUUUCAUAUAUCAAGAAAAAAG